GUAACCUGUGAAAUUGCGAGAAGUCUGGUCGUGGGUUUCGCAUCCUAAAUCGUAUACGGCCCCUGGCAUCUUGAAGCCAGUAACUAGAUCUAAGUACGAAAAUAUGCAUGUGCAAGGUUUCACCAUCAUCAAUCAGAAUUCGAGAGCUAUUCAUGAGUAAUCGACUGACGACCGCACCCACGAAAGCCGUCGCAUACAUCGUGACGAAAAUCGAAGGAAUUCCCCAUCCAGCCGAGCGUGCGACGACAAGCAUCCGAACCUCGCCCGUAAAGUUGAAUGACUUUGCCACCUACGAUCUAACGCACAGCUUAGCAGUGUACAGUAGACAAUACAAUUCCCCUCGAGCACUUACCCAAGACCCUUCAAAUCCGACACCUACAUCUUCUUUGCAAAAUUCUGUCUUCCCAUGUUCUUGUGGAUUUUGAUUCUUGGUCCAGAAUCACUAUACAGAAAAUUUUGGAAGAGCCUUUCAUGGA